CUGUAAGACCAUCUCUCAGGGCAAUGGAUCCUUGGGGACUCAGCACGACUGCCCUCCUGGCUUUUGUCCUUUUCCUGAUCUUGUCUCUAUGGAUGCAAGGACUCAAAAGGGGGAAGCUCCCACCAGGUCCCACUCCUCUUCCCCUUAUUGGCAACAUCCUACAACUGAAUUUGAAGAACAUGGCUGCAUCAUUGUCACAGCUAGCUGAAAAAUAUGGCCCCAUCUACACUUUUUAUUUUGGAACCCACCCUGUUGUGGUGCUACAUGGAUAUGACAUCUUGAAGGAAGCUCUAGUUGAUCAAGGAGAUGCGUUUGUAGACAGACCAAUUCUUCCAGUGAUUGAGGAUGUAAUCAAAGGAAAAGGAGUUAUUGCAAGUCGUGGAGACAGGUGGAAACAACUUCGCCGAUUUUCCCUGAUGACCCUAAGGAACUUUGGAAUGGGGAAGAGGAGCAUUGAAGAGAGAGUUCAAGAAGAAGCUCAAUGCCUGGUGGAGGAGCUCAGGAAAACGAAUGGUCAGCCCACUGAUCCCACCUUCAUCCUUGGCUGUGCCCCCUGCAAUGUGAUCUGCUCUAUCCUCUUCCGUGAUCGAUUCAAGUACAAUGAUGAGAAAUUUCUACAUCUGAUGAAGUUGUUAAAUGAAGGCUUUCAGCUGCUUAACUCACCAUGGACACAGCUCUACAACUUUUUACCAGCACUCAGAGUGUACUUUCCUGAAAAGCUUAAAAGAAUUCAUAAAAAUUCAAAAGAAAUGCAACAUUUCAUUUUGGAAAGAGUAAAGGAGCAUCAAAAGAUACUGGACCCUAACAACCCUCAAGACUACAUUGACUGCUACUUAUCCAAAAUGCAGCAGGAAAAAGAUAAUCCCCAGUCUGAAUUUGACUUGGAGAAUCUAAUAAUUACUGGAAUAAACUUAUUUGGUGCAGGAACAGAGACAACGAGCCGUACUCUAAGAUAUGGCCUGCUGCUCCUUCUGAAACAUCCUCAGGUCCAAGCAAAAAUUCAUGAGGAAAUUGAUCGUGUGAUUGGACCCAAUCGAGUUCCUUCCAUAAUGGACAGACAAGAUAUGCCCUAUAUGGAUGCUGUGGUGCAUGAAAUGCAAAGAUUCAUUGACCUCAUACCUCUCAACCUGCCCCGUGAAGUAGUCCAGGACAUCCAGUUCCAACAAUAUGUCCUCCCAAAGGGCACAACAGUCUUCCCCCUGCUCUCUCCAGUCUUGAAUGACAGCAAAGUGUUUCCCAACCCUGAUCAGUUUGACCCCCAGCACUUCCUGGAUCAGAAUGGGAAAUUCAAGAAAAGUGACCACUUCGUGCCUUUUUCUAUUGGAAAACGGUCUUGUCUUGGAGAGGGCCUGGCAAGGAUGGAGUUGUUUCUGUUCUAUACCACCAUUCUACAGAAUUUCACCCUCAAAGCAGUUGGAGAUCCAAAUGAAAUUAAUUUCAAGAAUGAUCGUGGUGGCUUCUUCAACGCCCCAGACAAUCAGCAAAUGUGCUUUCUUCCUCGCUAAGGAAUAAGACAAAGUUGAUUUCAUAAAUUAGCCAGCUGUUUUCAUCUUCUGGACUCAAUGCUCUCAUGUUUUAGAUUGGAAUCCCCUUGAUGGAAAACAGUUCCCACCUACUGAUUUAAAUGGGUCUUAAUUUCCAGAGACAGGACAGGCAGAGUUUCCUGUAUGUCAUUUUGUAAUAGGGGCUACCUUAUAGGAGUUCGUGCACAACCCUCUCGCCAAUGACUCCAGUACUGCUCUAAUUCCCACCCUCAAUUCUAAUUUUUGGGUGUGGAGGAAGAUCUCUAAAAUAUCUUCCCCCUCCCCAAGCGCCAUUUUUAUUUGCAAAUUUCAAAUAUCCUCACCAAUGAUUUUAUUUUGUAUUGCGUAGCUUUUGGUUGUGAAUUUAGGGGUAUAAGAAACAUAUGAUGUUCCAUUCACUCCUGAUGUGCAAAUAUGUGCCUGCAUUUCCAUACAUUGAGGUUUUAUGACUUCAGAAGCAAAAUGGUAUUAUUGAAGCAGCCCCGACUUUGAGGGUGGGGACCAGGGACCAUUCCUGACUCUAAUGCUAACAACUUGCAUGGCCUUUUAUAAGUCACUUCACUAUUUAUUCACACAUCAUAAUCUUCAUCUCCACAAUGUAUGGGUUUGACUCCAUGGACCUAAAUUUCCCUACUGGUUCUCCAUCUCUGAUACUCUGAUCAGUGGACAUAGUCAACGCACCCACCCAUGCUUUAGUGGACCAUUUUCAAAGGUUAUAUUCAAAGAAGAACUCUCCCUUGAUAAUAGCCACAGUAGUGAUGGACUUUUCUGCUGUUGGCUAGGAUGGUCACCACUCUCCAUUGAUGGAGUCAUAACUUCCUAGUUCUGUAAAAUCUUGUGGAGUUUAGGUUCUAACCACGUAAGAUCACCUCCAUGAUACAACAUAACACAGUUCAUGAAUCUGUCAGGGAUCUAUGAGCAAGUCUGAACUGAACUAUAACUUAGUAGGUAAAUCUGAGAAAAUUGCCUAAAGUUCCUAUAUAUCAUGAGACUUGCCUACGGUCUCACAGCUCUAAAGGGUUAUAAGCAGAAUUCAGACCUGCAUUUUUCAGACCCCUAGUCCAACAUUCUAUCCACUAUAACACACUGCCAUCUCUUCUUGUGGCUCAACCUUCUGCACCCACUUUUUCCUUCAUUUCCAUGCCUCCCUGUUUUCCCAGAUACUCACUCCAUCUCUUGACACACUCUCUUCCUUUCAGAAUCUGGUUCCAAUGGUGAACCAAUUCCAUCUUAAACUGAUCUCCAUGUCAAAAUCCUUUGUUCCAUUGCCUUAUGAAGACAAACCUUCUUUACUAAAUUCCAACAAGAAAUUACUCCUAAAUCUUGCCUUCUCUGUUAGGAUUUGCUUGGUACUGGACACAGAACUCCUUUCUGACUGACUAAUUCUCUCCAUUCGGCCUCUUUUCUAAGAUGUCUAUUGUAUACUUAGUCUUCCCACAUCCCCCUCUCUCUCACCAGAUAACUGAACUCAAUAUUUCACUGAAAAAAAUUGAGAGUGUCUAUCGGCACUUUGUUCUCCUAUUCUAUAUUCUAAUUCACCGCUCCAUCACACACACACAUACGCGCAUACACACACACACACACACACACACACACACACACACACACAUACACACACACACACACACACACACACACACACACACACACUUCCUUUUGUUCCAGUAUGGUAGAAGGAGGUGGAGUGACAGUAAAUGAAGGUAGUAUUUCUCAUUACAACUACCAGCCCAUCUAUUUGGGUCCUUAAUCACUUCUCCUCCUUUCUCCUCUGACAGCUCGUGCCUUCUAUCCUCCCUUGUCUUUUCCUAAUUUUCAAUCUCAGCUGCUUCCUUCCCUCUGCUUGCAAUCAUCUGCACAUCUCCCUCAUUCUUAAAACAAAAUAAAAGCUCAUCUAAUUCCCAGA